AUGAGUGAUGAGUAUCAGUCUGUGAAGCAGGAGCUGAAGGCUCUUCUUGCUGACCGGAAGGAGCUUGAGGACAAGCUGGACAAGUUGCAGCAGGAGAUAUACGACAAGGAGAGCGAGUAUUUUGAUGUUGACGGCGGUUCGAAGAGCUACCACAAUAUCCUUCGUGGGUUUGACGGCAUGAGCAGGACUCAGAGCAACAACUCGAACAUGACGAACAACGACAGAAUCUUCUCUCUGAGCAGUGCGAGCUAUGUGAAGCAAGUGCAAGACCAGUGA